AGGGGAGUUGUUUCAGAAGAGAAGAAACAGAAACUGUGAACACAUUCUCUUCUUCGUCUCGUGCAAGAAACAGAGGAGGCCAUGGCGAUGACGGCGGCGGAGCAGCGGGUGGUGGUGAUGCGGCACGGCGACCGGCUGGACCACGCGGAGCCCAUGUGGCCGGCCAACAAGCCCCGGCCCUGGGACCCGCCCCUCACCGACGCCGGCAUCCUCAGGGCGUGGAACGUCGGCAAGCGCAUCAGGGCCCAGGCCGCCGCCGACGGCUUCAGGCUCCACCGGGUCCUCGUAUCCCCCUUCUUCCGCUGCCUCCAGACCGCCGCCCAGGCCGUCGCCGCGCUCUGCGCCGUCCCCGACGACGCCGCCCUCGUCACCGUCGACUCCAGCGCCAAUGUGCCCCUCGACACCUCCCGCGUCAAGGUGUCAAUUGAGUAUGCACUGUCUGAGAUGAUGAAUGUGGAAGCAAUGGGAAGUAUUGUUAGCCAGGUUGCACCCGCGGUCGUCAAGUGGUUUCCCGACUUGUCAGAACUCGAAGCCGUUUUACCACCUGGAACUAUCGACCAUUCUGUGGAGCCACUCUACCCGGAGGUACCAAAGUGGGGAGAAUCUGUGAGGGAGGCAAGAAUUCGGUACGGCAGCGUGAUCAAGGCUCUUGCCGACAAAUAUCCCAACGAGAACCUGCUUUUGGUAACACACGGCGAGGGCGUUGGUUCGUCGGUGGCGUGCUUCGGGGCGGGUUUGGAGAUCUACGAGGUGGAGUACUGCGCCUACUCAAUGCUGGAAAGAAGAAGGCAGCAAAUGGAAGGGGAGGAGGGUGAGAGUAGCAGCCUGCUCAAGCUCCUGACUGAUAGAAGCGGUCCGACAACAGGCAUACGCUACCUAGUCACCUGAGUAAUGCUGGCGUCUCAAGCACUGGACAGGCUUCGUUAGUUGUGGAUUCACUUUUAGUUUGUUUCCAGGAAAAUGUUUGCUGUUUAUUCAGACAACAAUGUGUUCCGGAUUAUGUACCAUUUAAUAAUCACGGUAAUAAAAUAAAUAAACUGCUUUUUUUCUUCUCUUC